GAGACGUCAUGCGCGCCGGUGGACGAAAAUCGAACAGCGGAGCAUACGGUCCUGCCAUGGUGUAAACAAUCGUGGUGUAGACAGGCACUAAAGCUUGUAAUCAGCUGCUGUCAGUUUUGUGUUGUCAAUUUCCGUAAUGUCAAUUUAUAUAUUCCGCGCAUGCGUUCUUUUUGCUAUCGAAUUUUUAUUUUGAAGAAUAAAAAGUAGCAAUGAAGAUAGGUCUUUGCGCUUACAGCGGGUACAAAAUAUACCCGGGCCAUGGGAAAACCAUGGUAAAAGUGGACGGCAAAUCGUUCACAUUCCUAAACUCAAAAUGUGAAAGGGCCCACCUAAUGAAAAGGAAUCCACGUAAGGUUACAUGGACCGUCCUAUACAGGCGUAAACACAAGAAGGGUCAGGAGGAAGAAGCAACUAAAAAACGUACUAGGAGGACACAGAAGUUCCAGAGAGCUAUUGUAGGCGCUUCCUUGAACGAAAUUAUUGCUAAGAGGAAUCAAAGGCCUGAAGUUAGAAAAGCACAAAGGGAGCAAGCAAUUCGGUGCUGCUAAGGAACAGAAAAAGUCUACAAAAGUAGUCAAGAAGGCAACAGCCCCUGCAAAGGCCAAACCUGCACCAAAACAGAAGAUCAGCAAGAAUGUACCUAAAGCAGCACCCAGGGUUGGUGGAAAGCGUUAAGGUUCUUUUAUAAUUUUGAAACAAUAAAGUCAUUUAAAAGUUUCUCAAGUGUUUCAUAUAAAC